AUAUGUCCGCCACUAGAGAUCUUGGUGAAGAAAUUAACAGAAAAGAAAUUCUAGAUAAAAAAUUAGCUUCACUGUGUAAGAAAGCAUACGAUCUAUGUGUUCUAUGUGAUGUAAGGGUCGGAAUAGUUUGUUCUAUUCCGAAAAAACCCGAUGUUUUUUGUUGGCCGUCUUUCACAGAGGCUCAGAAUAUAGUAACUGAUUAUAUGGCUGAUCCAGAACACAAGAUAAGUAUGCAUAACGACCUUCUUCCAUCAAUAGUGACAGAGCGCGAAGAAGAAAUUAGGGAAUUAGAGGAAACUGUUGAGAAGAUGGAAAUGGAGAACCUCUUCAAUGAAAUUCUCAAGGGAAACAAACUUCUAAAUGAAGUAAAUGUUGGGGAGGCAAAGGGUUUAUUAAACUUAAUUGCUGCUAAGAGGGUACAAGUUGAUGAAAUUGCUGCUAAUAACAAUGGUGGAGAAGAAAAUGUUGGACAUCCUUAGA